AACUUUAAUGGAGUUAUAGCCAUUGAUAGUAUUUCUAUCAUUUGGUUCCCUCUUUUCCACAAUACAUUCAAUUUUAAGCAACCUCCACUUCUCAUUUUGCUUAUAAAAUCCCAUUCAAAGCACAAACAUCCCCUCAUUCAAACCAAAAUUCUUAGUUCAGUUCUCCACUUAACGACUGAAAAUAGAAUCGAUCAGAUCGAUUCUAUCGAAUUUGACACUGCUCCAUUACCUCAUAAAAUCCCAUUCUAAGUGCAAACAUUCUCUCAUCCAACCAAAAUUCUUGGUUCGGUUCUCCACCUGAACGACAAUAAGAUAGGAUCGAUCAAAUUCUAUUGAGUCUGACACCGCUCUGUUACCUUAUCGGUAUCACUUCGAACAACUUUAACAUUACCAAUGGCUUCUUGUCUGUUCUUUCUUGCUAUUUUUUGCCUACCCUUUAUUGUUAAAGCUCAAGAAAGGUCUCCUCAUGGCCUUGCUUAUGAAAGCCCUGUUGCAUUUUCACCAGAAGCAUACUCUUUUUUUCACCCUGAGACUCAAAAACAGAACAGUACUACUACUGAAAGUUUAUGUGAUAAUAAUAAUAGUACAUCAGAAUCAUCAGGCUGUUCAAGAUUUCCUACAGCAUCAAGUUUGCAGUCUAAUUUAGCACAAGAAAGUUUGUCGAAGCCCCAUGAGGAUGGCGAUAAGCGAAUGGGAGCUGGUGGGAUGGUUGGGAUCGCUCUCGGCUUUGGGUUUGUUAUUGUGUUGGCUUGUGGCGUUUACUAUGCAGUGAUUGCACGAAAACGCAACGAGAGCAAAGGCGUUCCUGUCCAGCUCAAUGUCUGACUAUCCAAAACUGUUGCAGCACACGUGUCGGGCCCUCUAGAAGUGCUACAUUUGGAGAAUUUGACACGCAUCUGUCGAUAUUUUUGAAGAGUCCGAGUAACAUACAUCACAAUAGGCUUUUACUAAUAUAUCCAUCCCCUGCUGCUUCAUCUCAUUGUUCCAUCUUUCGGUUUGUUAGAUUUCCUACUUAUAUGAUUUGGGAUUGUGGGAUGUAACUAUUGUUUGUAUUAGUUACUGAUAUAAUAGUACAAUCAUUUAGUGAUUA